AUGGCAGAGAGCUCUAUGGAAGGACAAGAAGUAGAAUCAGAUAGAAACCUAAAAGACCUAAUGCUUGACAUGGUUCAGAAGGCGUUCAACUUCCCAAGACUUCAUGGCGAUGAAGACGAUUCAGUGAAUGAACACGCUGGCGGGGAUCGGGAGGAGUUACCAUACUUAUCAAAUGAAAGUAGUCACGAGGUCCGCAACUUGUAUGACCUGCUCGAAGAUGGAUCGCAGGAGCUAUACCCAGGAUGUUCAAGGUUCUCUAAGCUGUCUUUCUUGGUAAAGCUCUAUCAUAUAAAAUCCCUGUGCGGAAUGAGCGACAAGGCCUUCGGAAUGAUACUGGAGUUGCUGGCAGAUGCCUUUGAGCAUGCAAGGAUUCCGAGCAAUAUGCACGAUGCCAAGAGGAUCAUAUGGAAGCUCGAUAUCGCAUACAAAAAGAUAGACGCAUGUCCAAAUGACUACAUGCUAUACCAGGGCAGCGACGAAGACUUGUCUAAAUGCAAGAGAUGUGGGACAUCAAGAUGGAAGCAAAAGACUAAUAAGAACUCCAGAGUGAGGAUCAACAGGGUUGUUAAGAAGAAUGGAAAACCGCAAGUGGCGAAGACUCUUCGCUACUUCCCCCUUAUUCCACGAUUGCAGCGGCUCUACAUGUCUAGUAAGACAGCCGUUGACAUGUUGUGGCAUAAGAGCGAGCAUAGCUCUAACGGUAUUUACCGGCAUCCAUGGGACGGCGACACAUGGAAGGCAUUUGACAGAACUUAUUCCGACUUCUCCAGCGAUUCGCGCAGUGUUUGCCUAGCCUUGGCUAGCGAUGGCUUUAACCCUUAUGGAAACAUGAGCUCGAAGUACUCAAUUUGGCCAGUGGUUCUUAUUCUGUACAACCUGCCCCCUUGGAUUUGCAUGAAACCCACCUCUUUCAUCCUCUCCAUGAUUAUCCCUGGGCCUAAAAUGUCUGGAAAUGAUAUAGAUGUCUACUUACAGCCCUUGAUCGAUGAGUUGAAGCUGUUGUGGGUUGGUGUUGAAACGUACGAUGCUUACACGAAAAAAACUUUCAGGAUGUAUGCUGCGUUAAUGUGGACAAUCAGUGAAUUUCCUGGUUUAGGCAACUUGUCCGGGUGGAACACGUACGGUGGGAGAGCUUGUCCUGCAUGCAAUUUGGAUGCUGAGACUAACCGACUCACACACAGUCAGAAAUGGUGUUUCAUAGGCCAUCAUCGUUUUCUGAAUCCUGCCCACAGAUAUAGAAAGGACCGGGAUAGAUUUGAUGGAAAGAUAGAGGAUAGAGGUCCACUUGUCAAACUCUUUGGUGGAGACAUUGUGAGAUAA